GUUCGCGUUCGGUGGUAGACGUUUUCUGAUUCGGAAUUUUGUCGCAGGAGAUGUGUGGCUUAUCGAUGUUUUAGCAUAAGCGAGACACGGUUAACUGUAUAUAAUAUAUUAUAUAUUGUUUGUUCGUUUGUUUUGGAGAUAUUUUAGAGGUCUAUUUUUCAAGUAUUAAGUAAUUGCGGACGCAGUUCCGGUGCAUGAAUAAAUUCCUUACAGUGAAAACGAGGGUUAAAUCGCUUUCGAAGAGAAGGAUAUGUCUGACCGAGAGAGUGGAGAUGACCAGCCUCAGGGGCAAAGUAAAUAUCAUGGUCAGGCGGGAGGUCUGGAAACUGGCGGAAGCUCAGACUUUGAUUCUGGGCAGCAGCAACAGGGGGAACAGGAGUUGGCCACAAAGAUGCUACAGAUUCAGUCUAAGAGGUUUUACCUAGAUGUCAAACAGAAUAGAAGAGGGCGGUUCAUCAAAGUGGCAGAAAUUGGGGCUGAUGGUAGGCGGAGUCAAAUUUUCCUAGCACUGUCAACAGCAGCAGAAUUUAGAGAUCACUUGUCGACAUUUAGUGACUUUUAUGCCUCCCUAGGCCCACCAAAUCCAGAAAAUGUCCCAGAAGAUGGUAAGCUCAAGUCCGAGAUGAUGAUCAAGGACAACCGGCGCUAUUAUCUGGACCUAAAGGAAAACUCACGUGGACGAUUCCUAAGGGUGAGUGUAUCGCAGACCAUCACACGAGGAGGUCCAAGGUCACAAAUUGCCAUUCCUGCUCAGGGGAUGAUAGAGUUCCGCGAUGCUUUGACAGAUCUCCUUGAAGAAUUUGGUACUGAUGAUGGAGGAUUCAAAGGCGAACUACCUGAGGGACGGCACAUGAGAGUGGAAAAUAAGAACUUCUACUUCGACAUUGGACAGAACAAUCGUGGUAUCUACAUGCGCAUUUCUGAGGUGAAGACUAACUUCCGGACGGCCAUCACAGUUCCAGAGAAGUCUUGGGCUCGAUUCCGAGACAUCUUUGCAGAUUACUGUGAGAAGAUGAAAGAAGGAGGAGAGAAAGUGUCUGUAGGUGGUGGUUCUGAUGGGGGGCCUAGUGCAAAGUGAGGGUUAGCCAAGCAUUAGGACAUGAAAUAAAACAUAAAAAUAUUGAAAGUAAUCACAAACCAUAAAAGGCUAAAAGAUUUAAAACCCUGAGACAUUUAAAACAAGACUUUUCCAUCCAAGGACAUAAAAAAUUAAUUUGAGGAGUUUUUAAAAAAUAUGAAGGCAGCAAGUAAAAGUUCUAAGACUGGAAUUAGGGUUUAUUGAAGACCUGCUUAACAGAAUUAUUCUUCCUUCUCAGAGAAGAGAAAAGUAUGGAUACUACAGCUAGUUAAUCCAACCCUGAUGGAAGGCGAUUCAUCAUUUGGAUACUCCUCCACUUCUGAAAAUGGCUACAGCACCCUGUCUUUAAUGUUUAUCAACAUGAAUCUGUGGACAGAAACUUGCCUCAGAUCCCCCUCCCCCCUUCUUUGUUAUGAAAACAUGUUGGAACAAUGAUUGCUUUUGGAUUUCAAAAGUCAGUUGGAAAACGCCAUAUUUGCUUGUGUUUAUUAGAAAUAUUGGUAAAAGAGUUGCUACUUCCUGUGUGUGUGUGUGUGUUUGUGUGUGUGUGUGGGCGCAUGCGCGCGGGCGUGCAGGCGCUUGUUCGUUCGUGUGCGCGCGUGCGCAUAUGUGUGUCCGCUUAUGUGUAUGCACUCAUGCAUUAACAAGUGAUGUGAAUGUGCAUGUUUGUGUGAAACCAUUCACUUGCAUUUUAUGUCAGACAUCUUGUAGGGCUGAUUUAAAGGAGGUAUGCAAGUAAAAAAUAAGGGUUGUAUUAUCUUAAAAAAGUUUUAACAAGUUUAGAUUUGGAAAUUCUUAUUGACUUUAAGAUAAUGUUGGCAUAUUGUAAGGAGGAUCUUUCCAUCCAAACAAAAGUUGAUGAUUUAUGUGUAUAUAGUACACAGUUGUGAACAUGGAAUACAGUGUUUGUAGCACACAUGAGGUGUGGGUUUAAUGAUUGAUUCAAUAUUAGAUUUGUAUGCAAAUUACCAGAAAGUGUUGGUGGUAAGUUUAAUUACAUUUAUUUCAUAUGAUAAUUCAUUUCUUGUUUUAAUGAAGAAAUUAUGAUAAUUGUGUGUUUCUAAGAAUUGUUAAAAAUCAAAUCCUACCCACAGAUGAAAUUGAAAUCUUUUACUCGUUCAGGCCAUAGUUAUCAACAUUUUCAAAACAUCUUAGAUGCUACUUUUAAGGCAGAUUGUAAUGGAUCCCAAAGUUAAAAAGGAACUGCAAAUGGGUAUCUUAAAAAGCACUUUUUUUCUGGGGUGGAUAUUUUGAAGACUUCUAUCAGUCAGUGGAGUACAGCCCAAAAAAGAAAGCACCUGAUUGUGAUAAAAGACCUAUAUAGAAAUAACUGAGUGGAUGCAUGAAGUGUUGCAACAUGAACAUCGCUGCCAGGUGCAGAAGAGAUCACAAAGUGCAUGAUGAGAACCUGCUGUGUCAGUUAAUGAUUAGAACAUCUCAAAUGGAUGUUUAUAAAACAAACGAUCAGCUACAAAACUCUGCCAUCCGAAGUCAAAAGAUGUGAACAUUAUAGAUGUAAUAAAAACAUGUAUUAAAGUGAAACUUAAAAACUGCA